UUUAAAAUACACUUUUCCAAAAUUGAAAGAGAAUUGUUGUUGUCACUUUCCCUCUUACCUUUCUUUUUCUUUAGAUAUCUUCAGAGAAGAAAGAAUGGGGUUAUAUGUUCAUCAACGAAACCCAAAUACAAAUCCUCAGGACAACAAUCUAGAAAUAAAAACUCAUUUGAAAAAAAUGAUUCUUGAUUUGGGUUUUCCUUGUUUUGUUCCUCCUCGAACCAGCUCUCGUGAGGACAACAAAGCUUGGCUUCUGGCUGAAACAGAGCCGAAGCUUAUUGACUCAGAACAACAUUCGUUGCAGUCUUCGUUUAGGUUUAGUCUUUGCUCACAGUUGGAGCUGGAGAAGAUUAAAAAGGAGAAACCUUCGUUGUCUUAUCGGAAUUUUCCAGUGUCUGAAGGAUCAGAGACGGUUCUGCUAGUGAAUCUGGAGAAUGAGACAGGAGAAUUGACAGGUGAGAUGAAUUGGUCGAGAGGCCUUUCACUGGAGAAGAGUAUUUCUCCGGUGGCCGAUUCUUUGAUCCGAUUCAGUUACCGCGAACUCCUCACUGCCACGCGCAAUUUCUCAAAACGGAGGGUUUUGGGAAGAGGAGCUUGUAGCUAUGUUUUUAAGGGAAGAAUCGGGAUUUGGCGUAAAGCCGUGGCCAUCAAAAGACUUGAUAAAAAAGAUAAAGAAUCUCCAAAGUCGUUUUGCAGAGAGUUGAUGAUUGCAAGCUCUCUUAAUAGCCCCAACGUUGUGCCUCUGCUAGGUUUCUGUAUCGAUCCCGAUCAAGGGCUUUUCUUGGUGUACAAGUAUGUGUCUGGUGGCAGCCUCGAACGCUUUUUACAUGAUAAGAAGAAAAAGAAGAGUAGGAAGACCCCCUUGAAUCUGCCUUGGUCUACAAGGUACAAGGUUGCCUUAGGUAUUGCAGAUGCCAUAGCCUAUUUACAUAAUGGCACUGAGCAAUGCGUUGUGCAUAGAGACAUUAAACCCUCAAAUAUUCUUCUUUCCUCAAACAAAAUUCCAAAGUUGUGUGAUUUUGGGUUGGCUACUUGGACCGCUGCGCCUUCGGUUCCUUUCCUCUGUAAAACCGUGAAAGGAACUUUUGGGUAUCUAACUUAUAAACCUUUUGAUGCCAUAAAGUCACACCUAUAGAUGUUAAGUGCGCAAUAAAUUGGAAAACUUUUGCAGUUAUCUGGCUCCUGAGUAUUUCCAACACGGCAAGAUAUCUGACAAGACCGAUGUUUACGCAUUUGGAGUCGUGUUGCUUGAGCUAAUAACUGGUCGGAAGCCAAUUGAAGCAAGAAGACCAUCUGGUGAAGAAAAUUUGGUAGUUUGGGCAAAACCGUUGUUGCAUAGAGGGAUAGAAGCUACAGAGGAGUUGCUAGAUCCAAGGCUGAAAUGUACUAGAAAAAACUCGGCUUCGAUGGAGCGUAUGAUCCGAGCUGCGGCAGCGUGUGUGAUCAAUGAGGAAUCACGAAGACCGGGGAUGAAGGAGAUACUUUCAAUCCUAAAAGGCGGUGAAGGGAUAGAACUAAGGACGUUAUCAAGCCGGAAGAAAUCAAAUCUUCCGGGUAUAAUGGACUGUUAUCCGCAGUUGCAACGGACAAAAUCUGAGAUGAAGAGUCAUCUUACGCUUGCGAUGCUCGGAGUAACGGAAUUUGAAGCUGAUGAUCUUUUGUAGGGAAGGUAACAGACCGGAGACAUGGUAAGAAACAAACAAUAAGAAGGUGGUAAGUAAGUGUAGAUAUCAAAUGUAAAUGUUUACUGAGAUACCCGGUUAAGAUUUUAAUUUCCGGUUUGGUUAAUAAUCAUAAAUAAAGGAUUAAACAACUUUCACGGU